AUGGCGGCGAAGAGAAAAGCCUCGGCCAUGGCGGCUACAGUCUCUGACGAACCAGUAGAUCCUGCAGACGAGCUGAUGUUUCUCUGCCUCGGGGGUGGAAACGAAGUCGGCAGGUCGUGUCAUAUCAUCCAAUACAAAGGAAAGACGGUUAUGCUCGAUGCCGGCCAGCACCCAGCUUACGACGGCCUCGCGGCGCUUCCCUUCUUCGACGAUUUCGAUCUCAGUACCGUCGACGUGCUCCUAAUCAGCCAUUUUCACGUCGACCACGCUGCUUCAUUACCAUAUGUAUUGUCCAAGACGAACUUUAGAGGACGAGUCUUCAUGACCCAUCCCACAAAGGCUAUCUACAAAUGGCUCAUCCAGGACAGUGUUCGUGUUGGAAACACCUCGUCCAACCCGACCUCACAACCAGUAUAUACGGAGGCAGACCAUCUGAACACCUUCCCCCAAAUUGAGGCUAUCGACUAUCAUACGACACACACCAUCUCCUCUAUCCGCAUUACCCCCUAUCCUGCCGGCCAUGUUCUCGGGGCUGCCAUGUUUCUCAUUGAAAUCGCCGGUCUCAAAAUCUUCUUCACCGGAGACUACUCCCGCGAACAGGAUAGGCAUCUGGUCUCCGCCGAAGUGCCCAAGGGCGUCAAGAUUGACGUCCUCAUCACUGAGUCGACCUACGGCAUUGCCUCACACGUGCCCCGACUCGAACGAGAACAGGCUCUGAUGAAGUCCAUCACCAGUAUCCUCAACCGCGGCGGCAGGGUCUUGAUGCCUGUCUUCGCUCUCGGACGAGCCCAGGAGCUGCUUCUGAUUCUGGACGAGUACUGGGGCAAGCACGCCGAGUUCCAAAAGUUCCCCAUCUACUACGCCAGUAACCUCGCCCGCAAGUGUAUGGUCGUCUACCAGACUUACGUCGGCGCCAUGAACGACAAUAUCAAGCGCCUCUUCCGCGAGCGCAUGGCAGAGGCCGAGGCCUCAGGCGACGGUUCCGGAAAGGGGGGUCCUUGGGACUUCAAGUACAUCCGCUCCCUCAAGAACCUCGACCGCUUCGACGACGUUGGCGGCUGCGUCAUGCUGGCCAGCCCUGGUAUGCUACAGAACGGCGUCAGCCGUGAGCUUCUCGAGCGCUGGGCCCCGAAUGACAAGAACGGCGUUAUUAUCACCGGUUACAGUGUCGAGGGCACCAUGGCGAAGCAGAUUAUGCAGGAACCCGACCAGAUCCAGGCCGUCAUGAGCCGCACGACAGCUGGAGCCCGGCGCGGGCCCGGCGGCGAAAGUGAGAAGCUCUUCAUCCCACGCCGGUGCAGCGUCGCCGAGUACUCGUUUGCCGCACACGUCGACGGCACGGAGAACCGCGAGUUUAUUGAGGAGGUCGCGGCACCCGUUGUGAUUCUCGUCCACGGCGAACAGCAUAACAUGAUGCGUCUCAAGUCCAAGCUUCUGUCCCUGAAUGCCGGCAAGACCCAAAAGGUCAAGGUGUUCAGCCCCAAGAACUGCGAGGAGCUCCGCAUCCCCUUCAAGCAGGACAAGAUGGCCAAGGUCGUCGGUAAGCUCGCUACUAUCCCUCCCCCGACCUCCCUGUCUUCGCCCACGCAGCAGCAGCAGCAGCUUGUUACAGGCGUUCUCGUCCAGAACGAUUUCAAGCUCUCCCUCAUGGCCCCGGAGGACCUGCGUGAGUACGCCGGCCUCAACACCACAACGAUCACCUGCAAGCAACGCCUCCGUCUUACGGCCGCCGGCAUCGACCUCGUCCGCUGGGGCCUUGAGGGCGUGUUCGGCAGCGUCGAAGAGCUCCCCGAGAUGCGCAAGGUCCCCAAGGCCGCUAAAGACGGUACGGUCGCCAACGGGAACGGGACCAAGACCGAGGACAACGAGGACCACGAGAUGCAGGAGGAUAGUCAGAAGCAAGAAGAGGCUGACGAGGAGGUCGCCCAUCCCGUUGCGGCAUACCUGGUCAUGGGCUGUGUCGCCGUGCGGUAUCGCAGCGACGGCGAGGUGGAGCUGGAGUGGGAGGGGAACAUGCUCAACGACGGCAUCGCCGACGCCGUCAUGGCAUGCCUCUUCUCUAUCGAAAGCAGUCCCGCCGCCGUCAAACGCUCCGCAAGUUCUCACACGCACGACCACGCCCCUUCCCCGCUCCCCAAGAACCCCCACGCAAACGUCUCGGCCCCGGAGCGCCUCGAGCGCUUCCUCAUGUUCCUCGAGGCCCAGUUCGGCGCCGACAACGUCAACCCCGUUGCCGAGCCGCGCCUCCCGUCGCAGGGCGAGGGAGACGCCGACGAAGACGCUACGGCCGUCAAGGCGAUCAAGGAAGAUGGCGAGGACACUUCGAUGGACGUCUCGGGUGACGACGCCCAGCAGGAGGAUAAGCUGGCGGCGCGCCGCCGGGCCGAAAUUGAGCGCCUUCACAAGAUCGGCAUCCCCGUGCCCGGAAUCCGCAUCAAGGUCGACAAGAUGGAGGCCGUCGUCUGGUUGGAGGAUUUGGAGGUCGAGUGCAGCCACAAGGCAUUCGCUGACCGCGUCAGACGUGUGUGCGAGCAUGCUGCUGAGGUUACGGCUCCACUCUGGGGAUAG